AUGGAUCAAGCACAGACAAUCUCAGACCAUCCUCUUCCCAUCCCCAACUCCCAGCCUGAGAAGAAAAGAACAUCUGUGAUGUCUUUCUUUUCCAAGGUCUCUCGGAAGCUGAAGACCCAGAAUCAGGAGUCUCUGAAGACUAUGUUUUUCAUCUUGGCAGAAAAGGCCCAAGACCCCAGUGCUAAAAAGCGUCACAUGGCAAUAAAGGGCCUGGGGACCAUGGCCUCUGAGAACCCCAGCAAGGUGAAGAAGUAUAAGAAAGUUGUUCUAGACCUGCUGGUACAUGGAUUAUAUGACCCCAUGAGUCUCGAGGUCAUCUACGAGAGCAUGAAGACACUGACCAUCAUCCUGGGCAAGAUCCGGGGGAAGGGUCUGGGCUCCUUCUUCAUCGACAUCACUCUGCAGACCCGGACUUUGUUAGAGGACGAGAAUGACAGCUUGAGAUACUCUGCGUUCGUCCUGUUUGGGCAACUGGCUGCAUUUGCGGGGCACAAGUGGAAGAAGUUCUUUGCCAGCCAGGUGAGGCAGACCAAGGACUCCCUCCUGAGCCAUCUGCAGGACCGGAACCCCCAGGUUGCCAAGGCUUGCAAGACAACUUUUCGAGCCUGUUCCCCAUAUCUGAAACAAAAGGAGCAGAGCUUCCAGAAUGGAGAUGAUCAAAGGAACCCUAAACUCAGCAGGCAGCUGAGCCACUACCACCCUGAGCUCCUGCAGUUCUUCUAUGCCAAUAAAAUUCUGUGAACACAGUGGGAAUGGUUCCGAAUCUGAUGGCAAGGGACACGCUUCCUUGAUCUAACACACAUGUAGGUUUAGCUCUCAGCCUUCCCUCGGCUUAGCUCUGUCCACUUUACCUUUCAGAUUGAUUUUUCAAAAAUGACUGAGGCUUGGAAGGAUACCUAUUUCAUUUUAAAGUGU